CACGUGACCCAACCCGGAAGUGCAACAGAGAUCCAACGUUCAGCUGAAAAAAGUUGAGCGUCUCGAAGUAUGAGUAAUAUUUUGUUAAAAAUAAAAAGCUGCGUGGCAGAGAAACAGAAGACGGCUCUUACUCAGAGUGACUUGGUUAAAUGUGGAUUAAAUGGGAUCCAGCUGAGACCUUACCAGCUGGAUGGGGUCCAGUGGUUGACCCAGUGUCUGAAGAACCAGCAGGGAUGCAUUCUAGGAGACGAGAUGGGUUUGGGUAAAACAUGUCAGACGAUCUCUCUGCUGGUGUUCGUGUCCGGAGCUCCUGGGAGGAAAGGUCCGUUCCUGGUGCUGAGCCCCCUCUCCGUCAUGGAGAACUGGAGGAAAGAGCUGGAAAGCUUCGCGCCGUCUCUGACUGUGUUGUGCUACAAAGGAGACAAAGAGAGACGGGCUGAGCUUCACAGGGAAACACAAACUCAAGACUUUGAUGUCCUGCUCACCACCUACGAGCUGUGUCUCAAAGAUGCUUCAUUCUUGAGACGGUGGAGCUGGAAGGUGCUCGUUGUAGAUGAAGCCCAGAGGCUGAAGAAUCCGAAUUCGUUGUUGCACAAGACCUUGACUCAGUUCUCAGCGGGUUUCAGAGUCCUGCUCACGGGGACCCCCAUCCAGAACAACCUGCAGGAGCUCUACUCGCUGCUGAGCUUCGUUCAGCCCAACAUCUUCACGGCCGAGGAGGCGGACAACUUCACGCGCUCUUACGCCGACGUUCAGACUCGACCUGCUUUAGCCGCUGAGCUGCAGGGCCUCCUGGAGCCCUUCCUGCUCCGCCGGGUCAAGUCGGAAGUGGCGGUCGAUCUGCCGAGGAAGACGGAGCUGCUGAUGUACCACGGCAUGUCCGCCCUGCAGAAGAAAUACUACAAGGCCAUUCUGAUGAAGGAUCUGGAGGCCUUUGGAGACGACCACGGCAACGGCAACCGGCUGCUGAACAUCCUGAUGAACCUGAGGAAGUGUGUGGACCACCCGUACCUGUUCAACGGGGUGGAGCCGGAGCCGUUCGAGAUGGGGGAACAUCUGGUGGAGGCCAGCGGGAAACUCUCUCUCCUGGACGGCAUGUUGACGCACCUCCACAAAGGGGGCCAUCGCAUCCUGCUGUUCUCUCAGAUGACGCGGAUGCUGGACAUUCUGCAGGACUACAUGGAGUUCAGAGGCUACAGCUACGAGCGUCUGGACGGGUCCGUCCGAGGGGAAGAAAGAAAUCUAGCGGUGAAGAACUUCAGCAGCAACGAUAUCUUUGUGUUUCUACUCAGCACCAAAGCAGGGGGGGUGGGCCUCAACCUCACAGCUGCUGACACCGUUAUUUUCAUGGACAGCGACUUCAACCCUCAGAAUGACCUGCAGGCCGCCGCGCGCUGCCACCGGAUUGGCCAGAACAGGCCGGUGAAAGUCAUCCGCCUGCUGGCGAGGGACACCGUGGAGGAGAUCAUGUACUCCCGAGCCGCGUCCAAGCUGCGCCUCACUGACACCGUUAUGGAGGACGGGCGCUUCUCGCUGCUGGACCGGGCUCAGGCGGCCGCCGCGGGACUCCAGCUCGGCGAGAUCCUGAAGUUCGGGGUGGAUAAGCUCCUGUCGUCGGAGGAGAGCUCCGUCACCGAGGUGAAGCUGGAGAAGAUCCUCGGCCCGUCCCGGGAUGGUCAGUGGGCGGAUGAAGACCUGAGAGGAGAAGAGGAGGAGGAGGAGGAGGAAGAGGAGGAAUCUGACGGGCAGAACCACAUGUACUACUUCGAGGGGAAAGACUACAGUAAAGAAAGCAGCCGGGACGACCAGCGGCGCUUCGAGCGUCUGCUGGAGGAGCAGCUGGCCGAGCUGCAGCGAGCAGCAGCAGCAGGACGAGCUCUGCGGAACAACGCCGGACGGGCGUCGCUGCCGCUGAGCCUCGGCCCCCCGGCGAGGAAGAGGAGGCCCCUCACGGAGGCGGAGCUUGAGCUCAGGAGCCAGAGACGCGAGGAGGCCGCCGCCAAGAGAGCCAAACUCCAGGAGGACGCGAAGAAAAAGCAACAGGAGCGGAAACACAAGAAAAAGCUGGCGUGGUGGGAGUCGUGCGGCUACGCGUCGCGGUGUCUGCCUCCGGCGGACAGUGAAGAAGAAGAAGAGGAGGAGGAGGAGGAGGACGACAGAAGUGUUUGCUCCACAGACUCCGACAGCACCGCCAUCCGCUACGUUCUGGGUGACGUCACUCAUCCUCACGCCGCUCAGGGAGACGCCAUCAUCGUCCACUGCGUCGACGACUCGGGCCGCUGGGGACGAGGGGGUUUGUUCACGGCUCUGGAGGCGAGAUCAGACGAGCCCAGGAAGAAGUACGAGUCGGCCGGCAAGAUGAAAGAUUUGGACAUUGGAAACGUGCUGCUCUUCCCCAUCGAUGACAAACAGUCCAGAUUAGACGGCCGGGAUCAACUGGCUUUGAUCGUCGCUCAGCGGAGGGACAAAGACAACAACUUGUCCGGGAUUCUCCUCAGCGCUCUGGACGACGGUCUGAAGAAGAUUUAUGCCGCGGCCAAAAGAAACAAAGCGAGCGUCCAUCUUCCUCGCAUCGGCCACGCCACCAGAGGCUUCAACUGGUACGGCACGGAGCGGCUCGUCAGGAAGCACCUGGCGUCCAGAGGCGUCGCCACGUUCAUAUACUACCACAACAGAGCGGCGAAGAACUCUGCUGCCCCCCAGACGACGUCCUCCCCGAAAGAGACGCAGGCAGAAAGCCCCCCCGGCCCCUCGGCUCCUCUCGGCGGCCCCCCCGAGCUCCCUGAUUUCAUGAGGGGGGUCCGUGUGUUCUUCUACAACCUCGCGGCGUCGGAGAGGAGGACGCUGGCGCGCCACCUCGUCACAUAUCCUUUCACCGGGGGUGAUAAUUGUUUUCAUCUUUCCAAUGGUCCUCGAAGGCAUCGUGUGCCGCAGAAGGAAGUUUGUGGCGUCAAAAGGUCCUUAGCCGCAGGUCACGUAUGAUGGAGACGAGGAGGAGGUCAUGAAUCCGGAGGUCACUCACGUCGUCGCGGAGGUGGAGAGCGCAAUCAAUCACAGGUGGGUU